CAAACAGACACAUCCUUGAGUUGAUAUGAAGGCAAGACCAAUGAUGGGGAACAAGAGCAGCUUUGAGCUCACACUCUCCUUCCUGCUCAUUGCCUCUCUCUGCUUGCAGGCAUCUAUCAUAAGGAGGUACCAAUACUAUCCAGAGGGGAAGAUGAACUGGAUAGAGGCGAGACAGUACUGUCAGAGGAAUCACAUUGACUUGAUUACUGGGAACAAAGCAGAAGGCUUUAGUCUGGCUAAAGAAUUAAAGGAAUUUAACAUUGAAGAAGUCUGGAUUGGUCUACUCAGAGACCCUGCGAAUGACACAGCCUGGAGGUGGAUAAAUGUGAAAAGUGGAGAGGGGAUCUCAGGAAAUGACCUCUCACAGAGCAGCAACUGGGCCGUUAGACAGCAGAGUAGUCACUGUGCAAUUGUGGCUGAUGAGUUUAAGUGGUACAGUUUGAGAUGUUUGAGCAAAUGUAACUUCUACUGCUCACAAGAGAACAAAAUUAAACAUCACAAAAUGUUGCUUACCUGGUUCCAUGCUUCCCAGUACUGUCAGAGUAACAAUACUGGUGAACUAGCCACCAUCACCAACACAGAUCAUUUAAAAAAGACUGGCUGGAUUGGACUGUAUCGAGAGGCUGGUGAGACCUGGAAGUGGAUUGGGGAUCAGCCAUCUGACUAUCGAAACUGGGCACCCAAAGAGCCACUCAGCUAUGACUGUGCCUCUUUUAAUCUUGGAACUAAAAAGUGGUUCAGCAGAAUGUGCUCCACAGAGCUUCACUUUGUCUGCUAUGAUGACAGCCUGGUGGUGGUGAAUGAGAACAAGACAUGGGAAGAUGCCCUGAGUCACUGCAGGAGCAUGAAAACCCCAUGUGUGAGCCAAAGACCCUGCAAAUACAAGCAUGACCUCCUGAGCCUUGAACUGUCUGACUACAGCUAUGUCAGAGACAGGAUCUACAGAGCCACGACUGAUGAGGUUUGGACGAGCCUGCGCUUCCUGGGAGGGAAGUGGUGUUGGGUGAAUGGAGAGAUGCUGGAAGACCAGGGGAUGCUGCCAGACUGUCCGUCCCAGAGGAGGCACUGUGGGACCCUGUCCAAACAUGACACAAACAACUGGAUCAUCAGGGACUGCUCUGAAAGAAGAAACUUCAUCUGUUACAGAAAAUUAUUCUGGAUAGUGUAGACUGUGUUGAAUCAAAAGCUAGUGUGACAAACACUGGGCAAGGUUAGGUUUUAGAGUUUUUCAGUGCUCCAUAAGACAUGACUGUUUUGUCUAUUACAACGUUCUGUAUUCUAUAGUGAUAAUCUUUUGCUUUAAUUAUAAUUACUUAUAAUCAUUUUUGAAAAAAGAAGAUUAGAUACUAAGAAAUGUGUAUUUCCUGUUUUAUUUUGCUUGUGUGUUACCACACAGAGGAAGUGAGAAAGUCCUUCCUCUCUGACCUACCUUUAUCAAUAAGAGAUGUUUGUGAUUGAAAAAAUAUAUAUAUUUUUG